AUGGAUCAUGUACAUACUACUGGGGAUGAUCUAGAUUUAGUCAUCGACUUGGAGAGCGGGGGGACAACCAGCGGAGAUGACAAUAAUAGCACGAGCCGAAGCCCGAGUUGUAAAACCUCGAGAAACGUAAUGGGCUGGAUAAGGAGUGGGUUUAUGAAUUCAGAGUCACAAUGCAGUUACAAGAGUGAUGGAGAUUGUUCAUCGGGUUCGUAUGAAAAAUUGACGAGUUCGGACGAGAUUAGAGCCGAGAACAAGGAGCAGCUGGAGAAGUUUCGAGAAGAUGAGAGGAUGGGUUCUGUAAAUAAUGAGGAGAAGCCCAAGUCUAAGAAGCACAAUCAUGGAAAUCCAUGUAAGCCUCCACGUCCCCCCAAAGGGCCAUCGUUGAACGCAUGCGACAUGAAGUUGAUGAAAGAAUUAAACGUGCUCAACCUGAAACGUAAGAGGAUGGAACGAAGGAGGUUGAAGAAAAUGAGAAAGGACAAGGCAUCAUCUUGGGCCAGUAAUGUAUUUGCAUGCCUGGUGACCCUGCUGUUUUUGCUGGUCAUCAUCUUUCAAGGUAAUCAGUAUCCUGUUGUUUGA